GCAGCUGAUAAGUCUGAUUUGUUCAUAUAUUUUCACUCACUUUUUAUAGCGUUUCUUGUCAAACUCGGGGCAAAUUGUUACAUUUUUCUGCGUUUUUGUUGCAUUUUUGUUAGUGUUUGAAAUUAGUGUUGAAGUUUACAUUUUUUAAGUGAUUUGUGUUUAAUUCAAGUGUUUGGAUUGAUUUUAUGUUUAUUUCUUUUUAUUUGUGUUAUCUGUAUUUUGUGAUUUAUCAAAUUUCAGCUUGCUACUCCGUAUUAUAUUUCAAUUUGAUAUCUUUUAAUACAAACAUUUCAAAUAGAGUAAAACAAGAAAAAAAAGAAAACCAAAUAAAACUGCAGCAAGGCUGCGUGACAAACAAAACAAAAAAAAGGCAAAAGAAUAAAGAAAACAAAAUGGAAAGCAGCUAGGCUGCGUUACAAAGAAGAAAGAAAAAAAAAGAAAACAAAAUAAAUUGAGGAAGAGAUCAGAUUUGAUUUUUUUUGAGAGGCUGCCAGCACUUUUGCUUGUCGGCAGAAGGAAAGAAAAGGAUUCAGCCGCACAAACCAUUUACACUCUCAGGCCGCAGGGCAAAGGCAGAAUUCAGCGGCAAGUAGUUCUUGGCCAGAGAAAAAAUAGGCAAGCAUGGUAUAGGCGAGCAGCAGGUCGAAGAAAGCUUAGCAGGAAGAAGAACAUAACAACAACAAUUCCGGUUUCAUCUUUCCCUUUCAAACUUCAAUAAGCUUUAAGCUUUAAUUCCUGUAUUAAUUCAUACUCCGAAUUUCUGUUUACUUGGAUAAUUGAGUUGUGAAUGAUGUUUAUUUACUGUUUAAUUUCAUCUACAAAUUACUCUAGUUGUUUUAUUAAUAGUGUUAGUUUCAUGAUAAUUAUGUUAGGCUAAAUUUCCACGGGGUUUAGAUUUGGAUAGAAUUUAGGUUAAUGGGUGUUCUUAAAUAUUGAAUUAAAUUUAGGAACUUUCUCCAGUUUUUAGGACUAGUUGUUUGAGAUGAAAUUGAAAGAGUAAUUUGUGAAAUUGAUCACUUCACUUGCGAACUUUUGGAAGAUUAAUUCUUUCUUGUCUAUGAGUUUGGAAUUAAUUUAGCUCACAUCUCUUACACCCUAAACUAAGUCUAGAAAUAGAACAUGUUAGGGGAAUUAAAAAUUAAAUUCUUGUCUAUGAGAAUUAAUGUCACUAUUCUUAAUUAGAUUGGAGAAAUUAUCCCAUUUUUAUUCAUAACCAAUGACACUCAAGAUCCUUAAAUCCAAAUCUAAACCCCACUUUUAAUUAGUUAAUUUUUGGUUACUAGUCACAUUGAAUUUACCUUUUAGUAUUUUAUUUUCGAAACAUUCCUCUACUACAUGUUUGCUAGUUUAAUAUUUUAAUUAGUUAAUAUUCUCUCUCAAGUUAUUUUGCAUGUUCACUAGUUUUAGUUUACUCAUUAAUGUCAUUUAAUUAAAUUCUUCGUUACUACUUUUGUUAUUUAUUUUUAUUUCUUUAAUCACUAUCACAAUUAAUCGUUUGAGAAAGCUUGCAAUGACUCGUACUAACCGGUGACCAAUAUUGAAACCAACACUUCCCUCCGCCACUCCUCAGAGACACGAUACUCGGGGAAAAACCGAAAGGUUAGACUCCGUUUUACUACAACGCCGCGAAUGCGGUUUAUCAAAUGGCGCCGUUGCCGGGGAGUGGCACGGUUGUAAGUUGGUUUUUAUUAUUGGCAUAGGCGAACCCGAGUUAGUGAGACUUUCUCCUUUAUUUUCUGUUUUUUUUUGUUUGUGUUGUUUUCUCAAGUUUGCAGGAUCAGUUUGUAAAAUCUCUCUCUUUCAAGCAUUGCAAGUUGCUAUCAUUUGCUCUAACCUAAAAGAACAUUGAGAUGGUCUAAACAAAAGUUCAUCAUGAUGAGGGAGAGGCCAACAGUGCUUGAAGCCUUAACCUUGGACUUUUUUGAGGAAGAUAGCAUCAGCAUUCCGCCAAUCGAUGUCACUGAUUUUGAGAUUAAUCCAGAUAUCAUCCAAGUGAUAUCGAUUAAUCAAUUUGGCAAUUUGAAACAUGAAGAUCCGAGGGUGCAUAUGUUGUGGUUUAAUAGAACGUAUCAAACAUUCCGGAUCAGUGGAGUCCCAAUUGACACCGUGAAGCUUAUCUUAUUCCCAUUCUCUCUUCGGGAUAAGGCUGUUCGGUGGUUAAAUGCUUUUCCACCCGGUCACUUCACCACCUGGAAUGCUCUUCAUCACGCGUUUAUGCAUGAGUAUUUUCCUCCAUCGACAGUUGCAAAAAUUAGAGCAUCAAUUCAAAAUUUCCGACAGGCCACGAUGGAAACACUGAAUGAGGCUUGGGAUCGAUAUAAAGGCCUACAGAGAAAGUGUCCUACCCAGUUGAUGGAUGUUCAUGACUUGAUGUUCUAUUUCUACUAUGGACUUCAAGUUGUGAGUAAAAAAGAAUUGGACCAUUAUUCAAAGAUGGGUUCGUUUCUCGACAUGACACCGAAAGAGAGUGAAACGCUCAUGGAGAAUGUGAUUUCAAGUGCUAAGAACUGGUACUAUGAGUCAGAAUCUUCUUCCGAGACUACACUUCAAGGCACCGAUCAAAUUUCAGCCCUCACAACAAUAAUUGACAACCUGGUAACUCAAGUGAAGAAUCUCAAAUCACAAUCAAGUCAGGUAAAUAAGCUGAGUCAUUUCAUGGAAGUUCAGGAAAGUUUGGUGGAUGCUAGUACUGAAGCACCCACAAUUGAUGAAGAAUCCAUAGACCACGGGUGGAUAUCCACGGAAAAGCAAAACUUAACGGGGCUGCAAAAUGAGAUAUUUGAUGAAGAUGAGGAGAUCUUUGAGCCAAUUUCAGAAAAUGUUGAUGCGGAAGACAUUUCAUGCGAAAGUGAUGUUGAAAAUGAUGAACUUUUGAAACCACAUCUUGCCGAAUUUGAUGAGGCAUCUCACCCAGAGGAGGAAUUUGAGAUAAUCGUGAUUGCAUCAUGUGAAGAAUUGAAGAAGAAAACUCCUGAGUCAAUCAAUGAAAUUGAGGAUCUCCUAGAUCUACUUUUGGAGACUUUGGAUGUGCAAGUUGACCAAGAAAAUUCUGCACAGAAUGAGAAAGAAACAAGUGUGGAGGAGGUCCUUGACUUGCUCCUUGAUGUACUUGAUACUAGUACAAGGCUCCAAACUGUCCAGAUUGAGGAGGAGGAUCUCAAGAAUGAGGAUGACUUUCCUUAUUUUAUUUUACCACCUGAAAAUGAGAAAGAUGCACAAGCCUUUGUUCUUGCUUGUGAGGUUUUUGUGAAACAAUGGUGGUACACCAGAAGAGUUCUGAGGACCGAGCUGUAUGAUCCGAGAGUUGGAAGAUCAAGAAAAAAAGUGGAUAAAAGCGUCAAGCUAGUGACGUUAAAGAAGCACUUCUGGGAGGUUAAAAAAAACUCAAAAAAAAAAGUAAAAAAAAAAAGUAAAAAAAAAACUAAAAACAAUAAAAAAAACAUAAAAAUGAAAUAUGAAAAAAAAAAUUAAAAAGGGAACUGCAAAAAUUCAAAAAAAAAAGAAAAACCAAAAAAAAAAAAAAAAAACUAUUUCCUUUUGUUUUUUUUACUUGUUUGUGUGUUAGUUUUAAUUCAUAUUUUGUUUUCUUUAGCAUUUUCAGGUUAGUCACCGGAGUUGCCCGAUUGAGUUAAAAUUUGAUUUGUGCUUCCUCUUUCAAAUCUUCUUCAAUAUUGAGCACAAGGGGAGUACUUCUCUUCUCUAUCAAUUUUUGCCCUUCAUGUGUGUUUAUUUGUGAUUCAUCUUAAGUGUGAGGAUGGUACUUUUGAAAAAAAAAUGCAGAUUUGCCCUGUUUUAUUUUGAGACCUCGAGGAUGAGGUCUAUUCUCUAAGUGUGAGGAGGGUUCAUGAACUGGGCAUUUAACUGAUCUAGUGUGUAUGACAAGAGGCUCAGGUGAACUAAGUUAAGAUCAGUAAUAAGCUAAGGUGUAGUAUACUUUAACUAUUUUUUAUGAAAGUUUUGUUAUAACUAAUCUUUUUAUUACCAUUAUACUUUUAAAAAAAAUCUUUAAAUAUUAGUAAAUAUGCUUGAUUUCUACUUUGAAGUUGUGUGCACAAGUUUGGGUUUUUGGUUUGAAUGGUUGUUCAGUCUUACUUUCUUUUCAUGGAUAUAUACAAUGCUCCUUGGUUAGCUUAAAAUUUAAAUUCUUUGGAUUAGGGAGAAUUCUAUCCUCGAAUGAGGCUUUGCUUUUAGCAUUUGAUAGAAUAUCUUUCGCUAUUCUGGUUGUACUUGAUUAUUGAUUUGAGAAGUGUCUUCGUUGGGAGUCUCAUCUCCGAGAAGGGGCGCUGCUCUUCUCAUUAUCGUAUUCUGCGAGAGCUGAGUAUAUUUUUUAUAUAUUAUGAGAUAGCCCCACAAAUCGAUGAUUUAGUUUAACCAUAAAAUUCAUACCAACUUGGCUUGCUUGUAGCUCCCCCAAGAUCAUUCAAAAAAAAUUUGCUAGGGGGGCUAAAACUGUUUUUAGAACUGGAGCUUGUGUGUAUUUCAUGACUAGUUAAGAAUGACUGAGGGUUUCUGAAUGUGAAUGUUGACAUGUGCUCAUGAUUACUUAGUAGUGUUUUUUUGUAUAUAUGCUAGUAUUAAAGGAUUUUUAAUUAGUAUGUUGUGUCAUAAAAGUUGAGUUAUCAGUGUGCUUUCAUGAAAAUAUAGUUAGGUAGAUUGGAGUCUUAGUCUAUUGAUGAUUGAUUCUGCGUAAUCUUGAGUCCUUGAAUUGUACACUAUAAACAGUUUGCCUUGAAAAUUUGUUUGAGAGUAGUUUUAUUGCUUGAGGACAAGCAACGCUUAAGUGUGAGGAGAUUGAUAAGUCUGAUUUGUUCAUAUAUUUUCACUCACUUUUUAUAGCGUUUCUUGUCAAACUCGGGGCAAAUUGUUACAUUUUUCUGCGUUUUUGUUGCAUUUUUGUUAGUGUUUGAAAUUAGUGUUGAAGUUUACAUUUUUUAAGUGAUUUGUGUUUAAUUCAAGUGUUUGGAUUGAUUUUAUGUUUAUUUCUUUUUAUUUGUGUUAUCUGUAUUUUGUGAUUUAUCAAAUUUCAGCUUGCUACUCCGUAUUAUAUUUCAAUUUGAUAUCUUUUAAUACAAACAUUUCAAAUAGAGUAAAAAAAGAAAAAAAAGAAAACCAAAUAAAACUGCAGCAAGGCUGCGUGACAAACAAAACAAAAAAAAGGCAAAAGAAUAAAGAAAACAAAAUGGAAAGCAGCUAGGCUGCGUUACAAAGAAGAAAGAAAAAAAAAGAAAACAAAAUAAAUUGAGGAAGAGAUCAGAUUUGAUUUUUUUUGAGAGGCUGCCAGCACUUUUGCUUGUCGGCAGAAGGAAAGAAAAGGAUUCAGCCGCACAAACCAUUUACACUCUCAGGCCGCAGGGCAAAGGCAGAAUUCAGCGGCAAGUAGUUCUUGGCCAGAGAAAAAAUAGGCAAGCAUGGUAUAGGCGAGCAGCAGGUCGAAGAAAGCUUAGCAGGAAGAAGAACAUAACAACAACAAUUCCGGUUUCAUCUUUCCCUUUCAAACUUCAAUAAGCUUUAAGCUUUAAUUCCUGUAUUAAUUCAUACUCCGAAUUUCUGUUUACUUGGAUAAUUGAGUUGUGAAUGAUGUUUAUUUACUGUUUAAUUUCAUCUACAAAUUACUCUAGCUGUUUUAUUAAUAGUGUUAGUUUCAUGAUAAUUAUGUUAGGCUAAAUUUCCAUGGGGUUUAGAUUUGGAUAGAAUUUAGGUUAAUGGGUGUUCUUAAAUAUUGAAUUAAAUUUAGGAACUUUCUCCAGUUUUUAGGACUAGUUGUUUGAGAUGAAAUUGAAAGAGUAAUUUGUGAAAUUGAUCACUUCACUUGCGAACUUUUGGAAGAUUAAUUCUUUCUUGUCUAUGAGUUUGGAAUUAAUUUAGCUCACAUCUCUUACACCCUAAACUAAGUCUAGAAAUAGAACAUGUUAGGGGAAUUAAAAAUUAAAUUCUUGUCUAUGAGAAUUAAUGUCACUAUUCUUAAUUAGAUUGGAGAAAUUAUCCCAUUUUUAUUCAUAACCAAUGACACUCAAGAUCCUUAAAUCCAAAUCUAAACCCCACUUUUAAUUAGUUAAUUUUUGGUUACUAGUCACAUUGAAUUUACCUUUUAGUAUUUUAUUUUCGAAACAUUCCUCUACUACAUGUUUGCUAGUUUAAUAUUUUAAUUAGUUAAUAUUCUCUCUCAAGUUAUUUUGCAUGUUCACUAGUUUUAGUUUACUCAUUAAUGUCAUUUAAUUAAAUUCUUCGUUACUACUUUUGUUAUUUAUUUUUAUUUCUUUAAUCACUAUCACAAUUAAUCGUUUGAGAAAGCUUGCAAUGACUCGUACUAACCGGUGACCAAUAUUGAAACCAACACUUCCCUCCGCCACUCCUCAGAGACACGAUACUCGGGGAAAAACCGAAAGGUUAGACUCCGUUUUACUACAACGCCGCGAAUGCGGUUUAU